AUGUCUUCCGACGAAGGGUACUCUGUGGUCCCCGUGCAGCGAAUCUUCUUUCCCCUUAGGAUCAUACAGAUGGUCUUCACCGUUGGUGUUUUUGGGAUUGCAUGCUACCAUCUCUCGCUGUACUCGGGUUACGAUGCUGGCGCUCUUAGUCUCUUCACUUGCCUCGCGAGCAUAAUCUUUCUGAUUUACUGGUUCGUGGCGAACAGCCCAACCAACUCCCACCUCUACAACUACUGGGCAUUCUUCGCUGUGGAACUCUUCGUUCUCAUCUUUUGGCUCUGCACCUUUGCCCUCGCCGCCGACAAGGUUGCAAAAUACGUUCAGCUUUUAAGUUAUGACACAAGCUACGAUGGAUACGACUAUUCCAGCACCGAUGAUACCACUGGCGGGACCACUGGCGGUAACAGCUACUGCUAUGAUGGCGUCUGUGUCAGCUACAACAAGCGCGACCUUGCCAAGCGCGACACUGUGACUGAUCCUUUCUCCGCGACCCUAUACACUGCCCUUGCACUCUCGGUGAUCAAUUUCAUCUUGUUUGGUGUCACCUUCAUCCUAUACACCAUCAACAUGUUCCGGCAUCGUGCUGCCCUGUCGAGUGCUAAAGGCAACAACAUUGCCAUGUACAACGGCCAUGGGACGGCUAGCCGGAUGGAGAAGGGGGUGGUGAUGAACGGACACCAGUGA